AUGUUGACCGAUUAUCCAGUGAAUCCUCUGAACUCUCGCGUUUCCUUUGGAAUCACAAAUAGCCCACACAGAAAGCGGGGCUCAAGCUUCAGGUCAGGGAGUCUUCGGAAGAAACCCCAAAGCUGCUUUUUUGGGGUUGAGACGUGUGCUGAGCUGGUUUGGAAAGACUGGGAGCCAGGUUUAGAGUAUACCAAAUGUCUGUAUCUUAAAAGCAUUCGUGGAAAACUCCAGAAACUCAGCUUUAGACCUCCUGUGUCCAAGUUCUUCAGCACACUGUUUCCUCAGACCAUUCUUUUGAGCCCAGGAACAUCUUUUUCCCUCCCAGUCACUUUUCGUCCCCUUGAGAAGUGUGAAUACGUGGACACUAUUGAGUUUGAGGGUAAGGAAGGCAAAUUCCAGGUGUCUCUACGUGCUGUGAUUCCUCAUCAUGCUUUGGAAGUACCAGACACUGUUAAGCUUCCACCCUGUGCUGUCCAGCACAGCUCCCAAACCAGCUUUCUCUUUCGCAACACUAGUAAGCUACAGACAGGAUUCAGGUGGUCUGUGGAUCCUCCGUUCCAGCUCUACCCUGAAACUGGACAAUUAAAACCUGGAGAAGAGUGCAAGGUUACAGUACAGUUUAAACCUAAGGAGGUUCUUGUGUACCAGGCUGAGGCCCGCUGUGCUUUCGGUGAUUAUAAGGAAAGCAGCUGUACUGUACUUCUGUAUGGGCUGUCCAAGUACCCUCAUCUUCAGAUCAUCUCCGCUGAGCAGGAGGAAGGCUGUAAGGUGCUUGAGUUUGACAGUGUGGCAGUGGGAGAUUCUCUUGAAAGGCAUUUUGAGAUCUACAACCCAUCCACUGUUAGCACUACAUUCAGACUGUCCUGGUUGAGACGACCUGCUCUUAUGGAUGUGGUGUUCCGUUGUGAUGUGCGUGAGGGACGGAUUGAGCCACUUUCAGUGUUAAAAGUCCCUGUCUGGUUCUCCCCACUCACGGUGGACAGCAGAAGUGUGGACUAUCUCUGUCUUACCUGCCCUGGGGCUGUAAGCAAAGAUCUGCUUAAAGUGUCUGGAUCUUCCUUAGGACCAAUCGUGUCUCUAAGUGCCUCUGUGCUGGAUUUUGGUUGUGUCGAGGAGGGCACAGAGGUCAAUCACACGCUACAAAUCAUCAACUCUUCUGCAGUGUUGGCAUAUUACCAGUUUGAUGUGGACACUGGCAGCCAUAGUGUGUUCAGUGUUGACCAACCUUGCGGCACCCUGCCAGGCAACAGCAAACUCACCUUGCAUGUGAAGUUUCGACCACACCAUCCUAUUGCUCAUCACAAGACUCUGACCUGUUUACUGCUGCACCGGGAGCCACUUUUUCUGGAUUUGAUUGGCACCUGUCAUUCAGAGCAGCUAAAGCCAGCCAUAUUAUACCCGAGACAUCUCAUUGUGUACAGGUUAAAUCUGUUAAGGGGACUCACAUUUUACCCUCCAGACUUACUGAGUGCCAUGUUGGAAGAACAGAAAUUAAAAGUAGAUGAUAGCGGAGCAUUGCUAAUGCAGCAGAUUCCAGCAGAACACACUGACAACUCCUCACCCCUCUUCACCCCACGCAAACCUCUGGAGGAGUAUUUCCACAAAAAUUCAGCACCUGAAGCAGAACUAGACAUUGAAGACAACUCAUCUAAGUUCUGCAACCUUCAUGUUACAGCUGAGCCUCCUGAGCUCCUUUUUUAUGAAUGCGGGGCAUCUAAAUCAGUUACCAUCACAAACCACACCAAGGGCAAGAUCUGUCUGGCGUGGACCCGUGGAACUAACUCCUCUUUCUCCAUCACUCCUCUCUGCUGUGAACUGGGCCCUCUAAAGUCCACAGCCUUUAUGGUGACAUAUAAUCCCAACCAGCAGAACAACUUCCAUGCAGAACAGCUUGAGUGUUUUGCUUUUUACAAGGUUCUGAGGGACCAUAAAUAUGUAAAUGAUCAGACUUUGUGCCCGCCAUGGUGCCUUACAGUCAGGGUGAGCGGUCACUCAUUCCAGCCUGGAAAAGAGCACUUUACCCCCAGCUUCUCUCUUCAGCACUCUGGAAUAGUAUUUCCUCCUCUAAAUAAGGUGUCAUACCGCAAUAUUCUCCUGCAGAACACUGGAGACCUGCCACUGAUUUUCAGACUAGACCCAGAAGAGUGUCCCUCAGUGUGUGUGCUGCCACCUAGUGGUCUGGUGCCACCUGGUCAACACCAGAUUCUCACAUUUAGAGCUACUCCAUCUCAGGAUCACCCUGCCAGUAUGCCUUUGACAUUACAGCUAAAUGCCAGCCCUAAACACAAACAGGUGCUGAAUGUUGUUGCUGUUGCAGAGAAACUUUCCAUGACCAUGGAGGGGGGUGGAAGUCUGUCCUUUAAGCCUACAGCGGUGGGCUCCUGCUCUGAGCGAACGCUGUGGGUGAAGAACUUGAGCAGGGUGCCGGUGGAGUUCCUGUGGAGGCUCUGUGGAUCGGACCGAAGAGUUUUGUCUGUACUGCCUGGAACAGGGAUGCUUCAGCCCAAUGAAUCUAAAGAAUUGAAAUGGUCCUUUGCUCCUAAGGAGGAGACAAUGUACUACAUGAAACCUAGUCUUAUGUUCUGGCCUCUCCAAACACCAGAGUGUAAGAAGUCCCGCCUUACAAUGAAAGCAGUUGGAUUGGCUUCCAAAGGCUCUCUACAGGCCGAACAUCCUGUUAUAGAUCUGGGCGAGGUGCUUUUCGGAAGCUGUAAGUCAUUUGAUGUUCCUCUACUGAAUGACAGCUCCUGUGCCUUCAGUUACUAUCUGACUGCUCAGCAGAGUGUCACAGUUACAGACUUUCCUGAAGACAUGACUCAAGAUCCUUUGGUUCUAGAGAUGGAGAACGUAAAGGGAGUCAUACCUGCUCACUGCAGGUUACAGGUCCACUGCACAGUGAGACCGGCUCGCAGGGCCCAUUACUGUUGGACCGUCAGUUACUACAUCCUCAAUGCAUCUGGAUCUGUUUGGGAAGAGCCGUACGCAGUGUGUCAGAUCCAGGCAGAAUGUGUGUUUCCCACGCUAGAGGUGACAGACGUCCGGAGCUGUGGCAGUGUGGAGAGACUGAGCAAAUUUCAGCUGUGGCAACUCUUCAAUCUGGACACACUCAAUACUUACCUGCGCAGAGAUCCCAGUCCAUCUGAGCUCACCUUCAGAGUGCCCACUAGACACAGUCUUCAACGCUGCCCUACCAUCUUUACCUCAGCUGUGUUGGAUUUUAACUUCAGUGCUGCACCCUUGAGCUCAGAGCCCUCCAGUAUUUUGAUCAUGUUUAAGAACACAGGCAGUAUUCCUGUAGAGUGGUCAUUUUUGUUUCCCGAGGACCAACAGAUUGAGCUUGAACACUGGGCUGAGAGUGGAGAAUUCAACCCUUCUGAGCACCAUCUGAUGAUGGUUCAAGAACACAGACUCUUCUCCAUCUCUCCACGCUCUGGUAAACUCCAGCCCAGCCACCAGAGGGCAGUGCAGUUCACAUACAGACAUGACUUUGUAGGAACAAACCGUCUUCCUAUCCUGCUAAAACUUUCACAUGGAAGAGAGAUACUGCUGAAUUUUACAGGAGUAACCGUGGAAAGAGAUCAACGGUACAUUCAUCUUCCUUCCAACAGGCACACAUUUGCCCCUGUGGCCAUUGGAGGAUUCAGUCCCCCUAAACAGGUGUAUGAGCUGUAUAAUGCAGGUGCUCUUCCUCUGAGAUACCACAUUGACACCACUCCACUGGAGCAACUGAUGGAGGAGAACUUCAGUCAUCCAGUCUUACAGUGUCUGAACCCUAAUGGAGAGCUAGAGCCAGGACACACAGCUCUGGUGGAGUGGAUCUUCUCACCACUGGAGGCUAAAACAUACAGUGUAGACAUUCCAAUUCAUGUGGUGGAGGGAGACAGCAUGUUUGUUACCUUUGAGGGUCACGGCUUUGAUGAAAGAAACCCGAAACCCCUUCAGGUGAAAGAUGGAUGUAUAACUGUACCUUGCACGCAAAAAAUUCCAAUACCCGGACAGGUGGUGUUCCUGUCAGAAGAGAGGGUGUGUUUCGGUGAUAUCACGGUGUGCUCUCGAGGUACCCGCAUCUUAUUUUUGACCAAUGUCUCACAUACAGACCAAGUCUUGUAUAAAUGGAUUGUAGACUGCCAACAGACUAUAAACAUAAGUCCUGAGAGCGGUCGUCUCGCACCAGGGGAAAGCGUUCUCAGCAUACUUACAAUACAGACUUCAGGCACCCCCACUUUUUACCAGCAAGACCUCAUCUGUGAGAUAACUCUUGAAGAGAAGCUAACACGGUAUCACAAAGAUCUUCAACAGUGGGAGGAAGAAACAGAGAGACAGAAAUAUGAGUUUACUCUUACUGAGAGAGAUCUGAUACAGGCAAAUCAACUGAAUAAAUUCACUCCGGUCAGACAUCACGUUUAAGUGGUUCA